AUGAUACUUACAAACUUUGGAAUUGGUUUAGGAAAGAAAAAAAUCUCCUCGAGUAAAGGAACUUAAAUCCCCGCAAAAACAACUAAAUAUUCUUUUGCAUAUGUAAUAAUCAUAUUUAGUCAUCAUUAGAAAUACUCAAAAAUUCUUAACUCAUAAUUUAUUUUAAUUUCAAUAUCGUUGAAAGUCAUAAGAAAUAGAACCUAAUUUUGUUCAUUAAUACCAUAUGGUAUAUCUUUAAAGAAAAUAAAAUAAUAAUAGAAAAAGGAUUCAUCAAUGAAAUUACAUUGGAAGACCUUUAUAUACAAAUAGACUUUGUAUUUGCAAAUAUAUAUAGCAUAGAUUGUAAACUAGUUGAAUCAAGCAAAGAUAAAUAGUAUUCUCAAUCAAAAAGCGUUAAAAUUAACAGGAUAAUUUACAACUCUUUCAAUGCACAAUUACUAUUAUGUAUUGCUUUUAAUGAAGAUGUCCAAAGCUAAAUGA